AUGUUACACUUCUCACAUAGAAAUAGAACAACCACCACAACCACAGCUCCUCCAACAACUACCACAACUACAGCUCCUCCAACAACUACCACCACCACAGCUCCUCCAACAACACACUACCACAACGACAGCUCCUCCAACAACCACCACAACCACAGCUCCUCCAACAACUACCACAACCACAGCUCCUCCAACAACCACCACAACUACAGCUCCUCCAACAACUACCACCACCACAGCUCCUCCAACAACUACCACAACUACAGCUCCUCCAACCACUACCACAACCACAGCUCCUCCAACAACUACCACCACCACAGCUCCUCCAACUACCACCACCACAGCUCCUCCAACAACUACCACAACCACAGCUCCUCCAACAACUACCACCACCACAGCCCCUCCAACAACUACCACAACUACAGCUCCUCCAACAACUACCACAACCACAGCUCCUCCAACAACUACCACAACCACAGCUCCUCCGACAACUACCACAACUACAGCUCCUCCAACAACUACCACAACUACAGCUCCUCCAACAACUACCACAACCACAGCUCCUCCGACAACUACCACAACUACAGCUCCUCCAACAACUACCACAACUACAGCUCCUCCAACAACUACCACCACCACAGCUCCUCCAACAACUACCACAACUACAGCUCCUCCAACAACUACCACAACUACAGCUCCUCCAACAACUACCACCACCACAGCUCCUCCAACAACUACCACAACGACAGCUCCUCCAACAACCACCACAACCACAGCUCCUCCAACAACUACCACAACCACAGCUCCUCCAACAACUACCACAACCACAGCUCCUCCAACAACUACCACAACUACAGCUCCUCCAACAACUACCACAACGACAGCUCCUCCAACAACCACCACAACCACAGCUCCUCCAACAACUACCACAACCACAGCUCCUCCAACAACUACCACAACCACAGCUCCUCCAACAACUACCACAACCACAGCUCCUCCAACAACUACCACAACCACAGCUCCUCCGACAACUACCACAACUACAGCUCCUCCAACAACUACCACAACUACAGCUCCUCCAACAACUACCACCACCACAACGACAGCUCCUCCAACAACCACAGCUCCUCCAACAACUACCACAACCACAGCUCCUCCAACAACUACCACAACCACAGCUCCUCCAACAACCACCACAACUACAGCUCCUCCAACAACUACCACCACCACAGCUCCUCCAACAACUACCACAACUACAGCUCCUCCAACAACUACCACCACCACAGCUCCUCCAACAACUACCACAACUACAGCUCCUCCAACCACUACCACAACCACAGCUCCUCCAACUACCACCACCACAGCUCCUCCAACAACUACCACCACAACAGCUCCUCCAACAACUACCACCACUACAUCUCCUCCAACAACUACCACAACUACAGCUCCUCCAACAACUACCACAACCACAGCUCCUCCAACAACUACCACAACUACAGCUCCUCCAACAACUACCACAACUACAGCUCCUCCAACAACUACCACAACUACAGCUCCUCCAACAACUACCACCACCACAGCUCCUCCAACAACUACCACCACCACAGCUCCUCCAACAACUACCACAACUACAGCUCCUCCAACAACUACCACAACCACAGCUCCUCCAACAACUACCACAACUACAGCUCCUCCAACAACUACCACAACUACAGCUCCUCCAACAACUACCACAACUACAGCUCCUCCAACAACUACCACAACUACAGCUCCUCCAACAACCACCACAACUACAGCUCCUCCAACAACUACCACCACCACAGCUCCUCCAACAACUACCACAACUACAGCUCCUCCAACAACUACCACAACCACAGCUCCUCCAACAACUACCACAACUACAGCUCCUCCAACAACUACCACAACUACAGCUCCUCCAACAACUACCACAACUACAGCUCCUCCAACAACUACCACAACUACAGCUCCUCCAACAACCACCACAACUACAGCUCCUCCAACAACUACCACCACCACAGCUCCUCCAACAACUACCACCACCACAGCUCCUCCAACAACUACCACAACCACAGCUCCUCCAACAACUACCACAACUACAGCUCCUCCAACAACUACCACAACCACAGCUCCUCCAACAACUACCACCACCACAGCUCCUCCAACAACUACCACCACCACAGCUCCUCCAACAACUACCACCACCACAGCUCCUCCAACAACUACCACAACUACAGCUCCUCCAACAACCAUAACCACCACAGCUCCUCCAACAACCACCACAACCACAGCUCCUCCAACAACUACCACAACCACAGCUCCUCCAACAACUACCACCACCACAGCUCCUCCAACAACCACCACAACCACAGCUCCUCCAACAACUACCACAACUACAGCUCCUCCAACAACUACCACAACUACAGCUCCUCCAACAACUACCACAACGACAGCUCCUCCAACAACUACCACAACUACAGCUCCUCCAACAACUACCACAACCACAGCUCCUCCAACAACCACCACAACCACAGCUCCUCCAACAACUACCACCACAACAGCUCCUCCAACAACUACCACCACAACAGCUCCUCCAACAACUACCACCACUACAGCUCCUCCAACAACUACCACAACCACAGCUCCUCCAACAACUACCACCACAACAGCUCCUCCAACAACUACCACCACCACAGCUCCUCCAACAACCACCACAACCACAGCUCCUCCAACAACUACCACCACCACAGCUCCUCCAACAACCACCACAACCACAGCUCCUCCAACAACUACCACAACCACAGCUCCUCCAACAACUACCACAACUACAGCUCCUCCAACAACUACCACAACUACAGCUCCUCCAACGACUACCACAACCACAGCUCCUCCAACAACUACCACCACCACAGCUCCUCCAACAACUACCACCACCACAGCUCCUCCAACAACUACCACAACUACAGCUCCUCCAACAACUACCACAACUACAGCUCCUCCAACCACCACCACAACCACAGCUCCUCCAACAACUACCACCACAACAGCUCCUCCAACAACUACCACCACAACAGCUCCUCCAACAACCACCACCACUACAGCUCCUCCAACAACUACCACAACCACAGCUCCUCCAACAACUACCACAACUACAGCUCCUCCAACAACUACCACAACUACAGCUCCUCCAACAACUACCACAACUACAGCUCCUCCAACAACUACCACCACCACAGCUCCUCCAACAACUACCACCACCACAGCUCCUCCAACAACUACCACAACGACAGCUCCUCCAACAACUACCACAACUACAGCUCCUCCAACAACUACCACAACCACAGCUCCUCCAACAACCACCACAACCACAGCUCCUCCAACAACUACCACCACAACAGCUCCUCCAACAACUACCACCACAACAGCUCCUCCAACAACUACCACCACUACAGCUCCUCCAACAACUACCACCACUACAGCUCCUCCAACAACUACCACAACCACAGCUCCUCCAACAACUACCACCACAACAGCUCCUCCAACAACUACCACCACAACAGCUCCUCCAACAACUACCACCACAACAGCUCCUCCAACAACUACCACCACAACAGCUCCUCCAACAACUACCACCACUACAGCUCCUCCAACAACUACCACCACUACAGCUCCUCCAACAACUACCACCACAACAAUUCCUCCAACAACUACCACCACUACAGCUCCUCCAACAACUACCACAACCACAGCUCCUCCAACAACUACCACCACAACAGCUCCUCCAACAACUACCACCACAACAGCUCCUCCAACAACUACCACCACUACAGCUCCUCCAACAACUACCACCACCACAGCUCCUCCAACAACUACCACAACUACAGCUCCUCCAACAACUACCACAACCACAGCUCCUCCAACAACUACCACCACUACAGCUCCUCCAACAACUACCACAACUACAGCUCCUCCAACAACUACCACCACAACAGCUCCUCCAACAACUACCACCACUACAGCUCCUCCAACAACUACCACCACCACAGCUCCUCCAACAACUACCACAACAACAGCUCCUCCAACAACUACCACAACCACAGCUCCUCCAACAACUACCACAACCACAGCUCCUCCAACAACUACCACAACCACAGCUCCUCCAACAACUACCACCACCACAGCUCCUCCAACUACCACCACCACAGCUCCUCCAACAACUACCACAACCACAGCUCCUCCAACAACUACCAUAACCACAGCUCCUCCAACUACCACAACUACAGCUCCUCCAACAACUACCACAACCACAGCUCCUCCAACAACUACCACAACCACAGCUCCUCCAACAACUACCACAACCACAGCUCCUCCAACAACAACCACAACCACAGUUCCUCCAACAACUACCACCACAACAGCUCCUCCAACUACCACAACCACAGCUCCUCCAACAACUACCACAACUACGGCUCCUCCAACAACUACCACAACUACAGCUCCUCCAACAACCACCACAACCACAGCUCCUCCAACAACCACAGCUCCUCCAACAACUACCACAACCACAGCUCCUCCAACAACUACCACAACUACUGCUCCUCCAACAACUACCACAACUACAGCUCCUCCAACAACUACCACAACUACUGCUCCUCCAACUACCACCACAACUACAGCUCCUCCAACAACUACCACCACCACAGCUCCUCCAACAACUACCACCACCACAGCUCCUCCAACAACUACCACAACUACAGCUCCUCCAACUACCACCACCACCACAGCUCCUCCAACAACUACCACAACUACAGCUCCUCCAACAACUACCACCACCACAGCUCCUCCAACAACUACCACAACUACUGCUCCUCCAACAACUACCACAACUACAGCUCCUCCAACAACUACCACAACUACAGCUCCUCCAACAACCACCACAACUACAGCUCCUCCAACAACUACCACCACCACAGCUCCUCCAACAACUACCACAACUACAGCUCCUCCAACAACCACCACAACCACAGCUCCUCCAACAACAACCACAACCACAGCUCCUCCAACAACCACCACAACCACAGCUCCUCCAACAACUACCACCACAACCACAGCUCCUCCAACAACCACCACCACCACAGCUCCUCCAACAACUACCACAACUACUGCUCCUCCAACAACCACCACAACUACAGCUCCUCCAACAACUACCACAACUACAGCUCCUCCAACAACUACCACAACUACAGCUCCUCCAACAACUACCACAACCACAGCUCCUCCAACAACUACCACCACUACAGCUCCUCCAACAACUACCACAACUACAGCUCCUCCAACAACUACCACCACAACAGCUCCUCCAACAACUACCACCACUACAGCUCCUCCAACAACUACCACCACCACAGCUCCUCCAACAACUACCACAACUACAGCUCCUCCAACAACUACCACAACCACAGCUCCUCCAACAACUACCACAACCACAGCUCCUCCAACAACUACCACAACCACAGCUCCUCCAACAACUACCACCACCACAGCUCCUCCAACUACCACCACCACAGCUCCUCCAACAACUACCUCAACCACAGCUCCUCCAACAACUACCAUAACCACAGCUCCUCCAACUACCACAACUACAGCUCCUCCAACAACUACCACAACCACAGCUCCUCCAACAACUACCACAACCACAGCUCCUCCAACAACUACCACAACCACAGCUCCUCCAACAACAACCACAACCACAGAUCCUCCAACAACUACCACCACAACAGCUCCUCCAACUACCACAACCACAGCUCCUCCAACAACUACCACAACUACGGCUCCUCCAACAACUACCACAACUACAGCUCCUCCAACAACCACCACCACCACAGCUCCUCCAACAACUACCACCACCACAGCUCCUCCAACAACCACAGCUCCUCCAACAACUACCACAACCACAGCUCCUCCAACAACUACCACAACUACUGCUCCUCCUACAACUACCACAACUACAGCUCCUCCAACAACUACCACAACUACUGCUCCUCCAACUACCACCACAACUACAGCUCCUCCAACAACUACCACCACCACAGCUCCUCCAACAACUACCACCACCACAGCUCCUCCAACAACUACCACAACUACUGCUCCUCCAACUACCACCACAACUACAGCUCCUCCAACUACCACCACCACCACAGCUCCUCCAACAACUACCACAACUACAGCUCCUCCAACAACUACCACAACUACAGCUCCUCCAACAACCACCACAACUACAGCUCCUCCAACAACUACCACCACCACAGCUCCUCCAACAACUACCACAACUACAGCUCCUCCAACAACCACCACAACCACAGCUCCUCCAACAACAACCACACCCACAGCUCCUCCAACAACCACCACAACUACAGCUCCUCCAACAACUACCACCACCACAGCUCCUCCAACAACCACCACAACCACAGCUCCUCCAACAACUACCACCACAACCACAGCUCCUCCAACAACCACCACCACCACAGCUCCUCCAACAACUACCACAACUACUGCUCCUCCAACAACCACCACAACUACAGCUCCUCCAACAACUACCACAACUACAGCUCCUCCAACAACUACCACAACUACAGCUCCUCCAACAACUACCACAACCACAGCUCCUCCAACAACUACCACAACUACAGCUCCUCCAACAACUACCACAACUACAGCUCCUCCAACAACCACCACCACCACAGCUCCUCCAACAACCACCACAACUACAGCUCCUCCAACAACUACCACAACUACAGCUCCUCCAACAACCACCACAAUUACAGCUCCUCCAACAACCACCACAACCACAGCUCCUCCAACAACUACCACAACUACAGCUCCUCCAACAACUACCACAACUACAGCUCCUCCAACAACUACCACAACUACAGCUCCUCCAACAACUACCACAACUACAGCUCCUCCAACAACUACCACAACUACAGCUCCUCCAACAACCACCACCACCACAGCUCCUCCAACUACCACCACAACCACAGCUCCUCCAACAACUACCACAACUACAGCUCCUCCAACAACUACCACCACCACAGCUCCUCCAACAACCACCACAACCACAGCUCCUCCAACUACCACCACAACUACAGCUCCUCCAACAACCACCACAACCACAGCUCCUCCAACAACUACCACAACCACAGCUCCUCCAACAACUACCACCACCACAGCUCCUCCAACAACCACCACAACCACAGCUCCUCCAACUACCACCACAACUACAGCUCCUCCAACAACCACCACAACCACAGCUCCUCCAACAACUACCACAACUACAGCUCCUCCAACAACUACCACAACCACAGCUCCUCCAACAACCACCACCACCACAGCUCCUCCAACUACCACCACAACUACAGCUCCUCCAACAACUACAGCUCCUCCAACAACCACCACAACCACAGCUCCUCCAACAACUACCACAACCACAGCUCCUCCAACAACUACCACCACCACAGCUCCUCCAACAACUACCACAACUACAGCUCCUCCAACAACUACAGCUCCUCCAACAACCACCACAACCACAGCUCCUCCAACAACUACCACAACCACAGCUCCUCCAACAACUACCACCACCACAGCUCCUCCAACAACUUCCACAACUACAGCUCCUCCAACUACCACCACCACCACAGCUCCUCCAACAACCACCACAACCACAGCUCCUCCAACAACUACCACAACCACAGCUCCUCCAACAACUACCACAACCACAGCUCCUCCAACAACCACCACAACCACAGCUCCUCCAACAACUACCACAACUACAGCUCCUCCAACAACUACCACAACUACAGCUCCUCCAACAACUACCACCACCACAGCUCCUCCAACAACUACCACAACCACAGCUCCUCCAACAACUACCACAACUACAGCUCCUCCAACAACUACCACAACCACAGCUCCUCCAACAACCACCACCACCACAGCUCCUCCAACAACUACCACAACUACAGCUCCUCCAACAACUACCACAACUACAGCUCCUCCAACAACCACCACAACCACAGCUCCUCCAACAACUACCACAACUACAGCUCCUCCUACAACUACCACAACUACAGCUCCUCCAACAACUACCACAACUACAGCUCCUCCAACAACCAACACAACCACAGCUCCUCCAACAACUACCACAACCACAGCUCCUCCAACAACUACCACAACUACAGCUCCUCCAACAACUACCACCACCACAGCUCCUCCAACAACUACCACAACCACAGCUCCUCCAACAACUACCACAACCACAGCUCCUCCAACAACUACCACCACCACAGCUCCUCCAACAACUACCACAACUACAGCUCCUCCAACAACUACCACAAACACAGCUCCUCCAACAACUACCACAACCACAGCUCCUCCAACAACCACCACCACCACAGCUCCUCCAACUACCACCACAACUACAGCUCCUCCAACAACUACCACCACCACAGCUCCUCCAACAACCACCACCACCACAGCUCCUCCAACAACUACCACAACUACAGCUCCUCCAACAACUACCACAACCACAGCUCCUCCAACAACUACCACAACUACAGCUCCUCCAACAACUACAGCUCCUCCAACAACCACCACAACCACAGCUCCUCCAACAACUACCACAACUACAGCUCCUCCUACAACUACCACAACUACAGCUCCUCCAACAACUACCACAACUACAGCUCCUCCAACAACCACCACCACCACAGCUCCUCCAACAACUACCACAACCACAGCUCCUCCAACAACUACCACAACUACAGCUCCUCCAACAACUACCACCACCACAGCUCCUCCAACAACUACCACAACCACAGCUCCUCCAACAACUACCACAACCACAGCUCCUCCAACAACUACCACCACCACAGCUCCUCCAACAACUACCACAACUACAGCUCCUCCAACAACCACCACAACCACAGCUCCUCCAACAACUACCACAACUACAGCUCCUCCAACAACCACCACAACCACAGCUCCUCCAACAACUACCACAACUACAGCUCCUCCAACAACUACCACAACUACAGCUCCUCCAACUACCACCACCACCACAGCUUCUCCAACAACUACCACAUCCACAGCUCCUCCAACAACUACCACAACCACAGCUCCUCCAACACCAACACCAACACCCACAUCAACGCCAACGCCAACACCAACACCCACAUCAACGCCAACACCAACACCCACAUCAACGCCAACGCCAACACCAACACCCACAUCAACGCCAACGCCAACACCAACACCCACAUCAACGCCAACGCCAACACCAACACCCACAUCAACGCCAACGCCAACACCAACACCCACAUCAACGCCAACGCCAACACCAACACCCACAUCAACGCCAAUGCCAACGCCAACACCAACACCCACAUCAACGCCAACGCCAACACCAACGCCAACACCAACACCAACACCCACAUCAACACCAACACCAACGCCAACGCCAACACCAACACCCACAUCAACGCCAACGCCAACACCAACACCAACACCCACCUCAACGCCAACACCAACGCCAACACCAACACCCACAUCAACGCCAACGCCAACACCCACAUCAACAUGACAAAGACCAUCGAGACAUUGUGGACAUUGUGGACAUUGGUGACUGGGUGCGAGACACUGAGACAGAUGCUCUGA